UCGCGACGUUAGGGUUUUGAUGAACUCCUGAUUUCUGCAGUAAAACCACCGCUGCUGUGGCAGAGAGAAGUGCCGGGAAAUGGCGUUACGACAGUUCAGUCGCCCCAAGAAUGUGGCGAAGAGGUCGAACAAGUAUCUGGAGGAAGCGCUGUAUGUGAGGCUCUUUAAAGACGGUAGCUCAGAGAAGAGCAUUCGGCAUCAGUUGAAUGCUUUCAUCAAGGGUCACAAACGAGUUUUCAAAUGGGAGGUGGGAGAUACGCUCAAAAAGCUUCGCGGCAGAAAGCUGUAUAAUCCUGCUCUCAAGCUUUCAGAAACUAUGGCCAAAAGGGGCAUGAACAAGACAAUUAGUGAUCAAGCUAUACACCUUGAUUUAGUAGCCAAGGCUCGAGGAAUUGCUGCUGCUGAGAGUUACUUUGUUACUCUUCCUGAAUCAUCAAAGAAUCAUCUUUGCUAUGGCUCUCUUCUCAACUGUUACUGCAAGGAAUUAAUGACUGACGAAGCUGAAGCUCUCCUUGAAAAGAUGAAGGAACUCAACUUACCUGUGACCUCCAUGUCAUAUAAUAGUGUUAUGACACUAUACACAAAGACCGGGCAGCCAGAAAAAGUUCGUGCAAUCAUACAGGAAAUGAAGGCUGCCAAUGUUAUGUUUGAUUCCUAUACAUACAAUGUGUGGAUGAGGGCACUAGCUGCUUUAAAUGACAUUUCUGGUGUGGAGAGGGUUAUUGACGAGAUGAAGAGGGAUGGCCAAGUUGUUGGUGAUUGGACAACAUAUAGCAAUUUAGCCUCAAUUUAUGUUGAUGCCCACUUGUUCGAAAAGGCAGACAAGGCACUUCAGGACUUGGAGAAGAGAAAUUCUCAUCGAGAACUUUCUGCUUUCCAGUUCAUGAUUACAUUAUAUGGACGAAUGGGUAACCUGCUUGAAGUUUAUAGAGUCUGGCGCUCAUUAAGGUUGGCCUUCCCAAAAACUGCAAAUAUAAGCUAUCUCAACAUGAUCCAAACUCUGACAAAGCUGAAAGAUUUACCUGGUGCAGAGAAAUGUUUCAAGGAGUGGGAAUCAGGAUGCUCAACUUAUGAUAUUAGGAUAGCGAAUGUUCUUAUAGGAGCUUAUGCUGAAGAGGGUCUGCUAGAGAAGGCUAUGGAGCUCAAGGAACGAGCCAGAAGAAGAGGUGCUAAACCUAAUGCAAAAACUUGGGAAAUUUUUCUGGAUUAUCAUCUCAGAAAUGGAGAAUUUAAACCGGCAGUUGAUUGUGUUGCUAAAGCAGUAUCUAUUGGUAGAGGAGGGAAAUGGAUGCCAUCACCCGAGAUUGUUAAAACGUUGAUGAGCCAUUUUGAGGAAGAAAAAGAUGUAGAUGGGGCAGAGGAUUUUCUUGAAACUGUGAAGAAGGCUGUUGACACUUUAGAGCCUGAGGUGUUUGAGACAUUGAUAAGAACAUAUUCAGCGGCCGGAAGGAAAAGUUCUAUGAUGGAUCGCCUGUUGAAAAUGGAGAACGUGGAGGUCAGCGAGGCCUGCAAAAAGCUGCUUGACGAAAUAUCUAUUGAAUGAGCUUUCGUUGUAUCACAAAUUUUUAUCAUUUGGAAUUCCAGCUCUAAAGAAAUGAUUUUUUCCAGUGGUUCUUUAAUUUUAAAUAAAAUCACCCACACAAGUAGCCUCCGGUUAUCUGGUUCUUGCCAUCUCGGAAGUGGGAUCGUGCGCAAUUGUAUCAGAGUCCUUUCCUAUUGCCUUAUUCAUACAAUUUCGCUUCGUAGUAGUUGCCAAGCUUCUGGAUACAAAAUACUUUUGUUUCAGUAGGUAGUAAUCUGGGUACCUUGUCGUAAUCCUAGAUGUCGACGCAUUGUCUCUGUAAUGUCGGAUUAAGUCGGUAGUUUUGAGUUUGAUUCCAUGUAGCAGACUGAUCGGAUUUGGAACCAUAUUGAGCUUUCUGACGUGCAGUUGUAUCAGCUGGGAUGGUUAUGGUUACCCAUUUUAGUUUGUAUCCAAUGAUUAGGUCUCAUCCUCAUUACGGAAUACUGAUCCUGAUAAGAACAUCUAGACACCAAACCCAACCGAUCUUGUUGGUCGUUUUAGGCCUAUGAACGGAUUGGGGGAAAAGGCAAUGCAAAUAAUACCAAGAUCCCUCCAGAUGGAAGAUCUGGUUCUGUUCUGAUUCGUUACGACAGUGACAACAACGGGGAUCUGGUUCUGUUCUGAUUCGUUACGACAGCGACAACGACAGGGGAUCUGGUUCUGUUCUUCCUUGUAUUGCAGAUUAUCUUCUGCAUAUGAAAUUUUAUUUCAAAUGGGAAAUCUCCUUCCUGUUCCGAGCUUGUAAGUUCGUUUCAUUAGCUGCAACGUAACUGACAUGAGGCUGCUACAAACAUUUUUUUUUUCUUUUUUUUUUCUUCCAUUUUUAAAGGGAUGUGGAAUUUCAGUUGUAUUGACUAUUGAGUAGUAAUCUUGAAUUUUUUCUGAAUGGGUAGAUGAGUGAUCACCACCAUUUUAAUGUUGAAA